UCGCGAACCAGUUCGAUACUUGUGCACCAGAACGCAAAGUACAACAGGAUUUUUUUCGUUCGGUGUGACGUGAAAAGUGCACAUAAUAAUUGUUCAAAUUAGCUUAAGUCCAGUUAACUAGCCAAACAAAUAGCCAUGUCGUUUGCGGAAAAGAUAACGGGCCUGCUGGCACGGCCAAACCAACAAGAUCCAAUUGGACCGGAGCAGCCCUGGUAUCUCAAAUAUGGAAGUCGACUACUGGGCAUUGUGGCCGCCUUCUUUGCCAUUCUCUUUGGCCUGUGGAAUGUGUUCUCCAUUCUUACACUCAGUGUAUCCUGCCUUGUGGCGGGAAUCAUACAAAUGGUGGCAGGAUUUGUGGUAAUGCUACUGGAAGCGCCCUGCUGCUUCGUCUGCUUCGAGCAGGUGAACAUGAUCGCGGAUAAGGUGGACUCCAAGCCCCUGUACUUCCGGGCUGGACUUUAUAUUGCCAUGGCUUGUCCGCCCAUCAUCUUGUGCUUCGGAUUGGCCAGCUUAUUCGGCAGUGGCCUGAUCUUCGGCACUGGCGUGGUUUAUGGAAUGAUGGCGUUAGGCAAGAAAGCUUCUCGGGAGGACAUGGCCGCCGCUGCCACAUCGCCCACACAGAUGGCCGGCAGUCAGGCGGGCGGUCAGAUGCAGAUGGGCGGCGAUCAGCAUAUCACACUCAUGGAAGAUCCAGACGUCUGGCGCCCCACAUAAAUGCCCAGUCGCGCGAUUAGUAACUGCCAAAAAGAAACCACAACUCUCACACCCUCAGAUACAGAUACUCAGAUACACCCAAACACACACACACACACACACACACACAAAACAAUCCACUAGAAUUGCAAACGAUGCAGAAAUUGAUCGAGUAACAAAUAUUUUACGGCGCCUAGUUUUUAGUGUUCGUUCCAAGGAAAAAUGUAACUAGAAGACAAACAAAAUCAGCGUUGUAGGGCAUCAGAGAACUAGAAUACAGAACACCCCACCAAUUACAAAAAGAAAUUGAACGAAAUUCUCAUUAUUGUUGAAACCGAAAGUGUUAGUAAUCAAAGUGUUUUUUGGGCAAAUGCAUUUUUGUCAUUCGUCCGUUUUUGCAUGUCCUUCGUAUUCGUAUUCAAAUUUUUUUUAAUGUCUUUCGUCGAGCGGUUGGUGUUGUUAAAAACUACAGUUAAAUAUAUUAUACGCAUAGAGAAACUACUGAUAACAAUAACGUAAUACACAUGUCGUACUGCAGCAAGCAUAUAUUUUUAGUGAGAAACUAUAUUUGAAAGCUAGCCGAACGCAAAAGAAACCUAUAAGUAAACCACAGCUUCCACACACUCUCACACACAGCUAAAGCUAAUGAAAAGCCACUGAUGAUAUGGAAAAGUGAAAAUCGAGAAAACUAGAGCAAUAUGUACAACUCAGAAAGUAUUAACUUUAUAUGCUUUGCUUCAAUGUAAACCAUACAAUUAAAUGUUAAACGUUGUUUGAGAAUGAAUUUGCUCGCAAGAUAGCCACAAAUUGAAAUUGAACAUAAUCAAGCAUACAAAUAGAUAUAUAUACAACCAGUUGAGGAUUUACCAGUUCUAUUUUUUACAUGUUGUAAACAAGAAAUGUCCAUUUAAAUUUCUAGGCAUUCUUAGAAGCUUUUUAAUUUAGACAAUCACUUGGUUAAUAGGUUUUCUUUAUCGGGCUUCGUAUUAUUUCUCAUUUGCUAGAAAUAUGUGUCUUUAGUUUUUUGGUAUACCUAAGUUAUUUAUAAGUAUUUAUUCCAACCAUUUUAACUUUGAUAGUCUGAGAAAAACUUCUUAAUUGUUUCUAUUGUUGCCCUUGGCUUUCUUCCCCCAAGAAGCAUUCCAAAUUUGUUAAAAUUAUAGGUUAUUGUAUCUUUAUUUAUCAUAACUUUAAGCAGGCUUUAUUUGAAAAAUACUCGCAAGAAUUUGUUACAUAUAGCCUUCGAUGGAAACUGAUAAUCUCACCUGAAGUAAUAUUGAAUCGAAAUAAAUUUGUUGAAAUUUGUUAUUCAAUGAACGCAACACUAAAAAUGAAA